AUGAACUCUCUAGUCGGCUACGGAGUGUCUUCCGAUUCGGAUAGCGAGGGAGAGGAUGUAAACAUCACCAAACCGUAUCCCGGUGAGGUGGUGGGUGAUGACACGCAGGCCGACAAGAAAGCUCGCAACUUUUUGCUGGAGUCUGGCUCGGAGUCGAGCGACUCGGACCGGGACGACGACGACUCUUCACCCCAAACCCGAGCACCUGCACCCGGCCGCUCCGCCCUGCCCUCGCCGUCCGUCCGCCUCCAGACCUCCAAAAAACUGCCCCCUCCGUCCCUGAACGCCUGCGCUGACAGCAGUGUGUUCGCCAACCCCUUCAGGGCUCAGGCCGAGCAGAAGCUCACCGCCCUGCAGAAGCACGUCCCGCUCACCAUGCAGCCCAAACCCUCGCAAAUAGGCGGCAAGAGGAUCUGCACGUCCUACAGGAAGGACGGAAGGUGCCGAUUUGGGAUCAAAUGCAAAUUCGCUCACGACAGUGAUCUCCAGACGCCGUCCGCCCCACGCGGUCCACCUGCCAGUGAGGGCACCUCCGAGGCGGCCGGGGCCUCUAAAGGCCCCCAGCAAGGCCGCAGAGAGGGGGAGGCAGAGGGGCAGCAGGCCAAGAAGAGGAGGGUCGGACUGAGCAACACCCUGAUCCCCCCCAAAAGAGCUAUGAAGCAGUACACUGCGCAGAGGGACAGAGAGCGGGUCAACAUGUCCUGA